AUGGCCAGGAAAGUGUCGACGCAGGAAAUCGCACAACACGCCCAGCCGGACGAUAUUUGGAUCGUGGUCAACGGCAAGGUCUACGACGUGACCAAAUUUGCGCCGGAGCAUCCUGGCGGUGCGGAAGUUAUUUACCAAUUCGCCGGUCGCAAUGCCUCACAAACAUACAAUAGCACACACUCCCCAGCUUUGAUCAAGGACAUCGACGAGUGUAUCGUCGGAGACUUGGAUCCAGCAACUAUCACAGAAGAAUGGCGCAAUGGAAAAGAACCAGUCAAACCAACCUCCAACUCUGGGGAGUACCGACAGCCCGCCCUAGACGAAAUAAUCAACCUGGACGACUUCGAGCACGUCGCGAAGAACACCUUCACCCCCAAAUCAUGGGCCUACAUCAGCGGUGCCGCGAACGACUGUUUCACGCGAGACGCUAACCGCGACUUUUUCCAGCGCAUAUGGCUUCGACCUGCUAUCAUGCGCGAUGUGUCUACCGUCAAUACCAAGUCGACUCUUUUUGGCUGUGAUCUUGACAUUCCAGUUUAUAUAUCGCCUGUUGGUGCUGCGAAGACGAGUCAUGAAGAAGGGGAAUUACCUCUUGCCAGAGGUGCUGCUUCCUCGGGAAUUGUCCAUUGUAUUUCUACCAUGGCAUCGUAUUCUCUUUCUGAAAUUCUGGAUGAGACUCCCCAGCAGGCGUUUUACCAGCUUUAUAUCAAUAAAGAAAGGGCCAAGACUGAGGCGCUGGUGCGACAGGCGGAGAGCACUGGUAAGGUCAAGGCACUAUUUACCACAGCUGAUCUACCAGUUAUGUCGAAGCGCGAAGCGGACGAGCGGAUCAAGCCGGAGGGAAAUAUUCAAUGGAUCAACGUGGCAAAAGAUAACAAGCCGAAGAAGAGUACUGGGCUCGCGAAGGCAGCGAGCUCAUUCAUAGACUCCAGUCUGACAUGGGAUGACCUGCGCUGGCUCAGGAACACCUCGAAACUCCCGAUUAUACUGAAAGGUGUGCAACGGGCGGAGGACGCGCUUCUCGCGAUGAAGGCUGGAUUCGACGGGAUAGUAAUCAGCAAUCACGGGGGACGAGCUGCGGAUACCGCCGCACCUUCCAUUCUUGUCUUACUUGAGAUCCACCGGUACUGUCCCGAGGUCUUUAGGAGAAUGAAAGUUCUUGUGGAUGGGGGAUUCCGCCGGGGCUCGGAUGUUGUCAAGGCUAUCUGUCUUGGGGCUUCUGCUGUGGGUUUGGGCAGGUCUUUUGCUUUUGCUCUUAAUUAUGGGCAGGAGGGGAUUGAACAUGCUGUUGGUUUGAUGAAGGAGGAGAUCCAAACGGCUACUCAGUUGCUUGGAAUGACGGACUUGAUGCGGGAUGCUAGUCCAGCCUAUCUUAAUACGGCUGGCGUGGAUCACUUGUUGCCCCCUAAAUAUGGCCUAUCUGCGAAGGAUGUUAUCGGGCGACAGAACAAGCUCUAG